GGAGAUGGAAGUGUUGAGAAAUAGCCCACUCAGCUGAUUGGUAAGCGCUUUGUGUGGGUUUGUUUCACACAUUUAAAAGGAAGCAGCACAAAUGGUCUGAACAGCAUUGAGUCAACAGCUGGAGACGCUCUGAGCUGCAGAGUUCUGAUCAUCCUUCAAGAUGGACAUUUUUGAAUAUGAUUCCGACUAUUCUUCAGACUAUAACUACACCGAGGGGUUCAACGACACGAUUCACGAGGGGCUGGUUUUCACACACCAAUCGUCAUGCUUGAUGGAAGCGUUGUGCGUGGGUUUACUCGUGAUCACCGUCUUAAUUUUUCUGCUGGGCUUCUGCGGGAACGCUUUGGUCAUCUGGAUCUCUGGCUUCAAGAUGAAGAAGACGGUGACCACCACCUGGUACCUGAGCCUCGCCAUCUCCGACUUCGUCUUCUGCGCCUUCCUGCCGUUCAGCAUCACCAACAUGGUCAUGGAAGAGUGGAUCUUCGGCCGCUUCAUGUGCAAAUUCGUCUCCUCGGUGAUGUUCCUCAACAUGUUCAGCAGCAUCUUCCUGCUGGUCGUCAUCAGCAUUGACCGCUGUGCGUCCGUCGUGUUUCCAGUUUGGGCGCAGAACCAACGCACUGUGAACAAGGCGUCCGUCAUAGUUGUCUUCUCCUGGGUUCUCGCCAUCGCUAUGAGUUUUCCCUCCGUGAUCUUCCGUGAAGUUGGCACUCAUUUGGGUCGCACCAUUUGUUACAACAACUACACGUGGGACCAGUACAGUCACAAAACUGUGGCAGUGAGCCGCUUCCUCGCAGGAUUUAUCGUCCCUUUCAUCAUCAUCAUCAUCUGUUACUCUAUCAUCAUCCUCAGACUGCGCAACAACAGGUUGAUGGCCAAAUCUUCCAAACCCUUCAAAGUCAUGACGGCGCUCGUCGCAACGUUCUUCGUCUGCUGGCUGCCGUACCACAUGUUCGUGCUGCUCGAGCUGAACGUCGAAAACCUCCAUGACCACCACAGCCUUUUGAUCACCGGACUCAAAGUGGGAACUUCUCUGGCUGCGGCAAACAGCUUCCUCAACCCGGUGCUGUACGUGUUCAUGGGCAAGGACUUCAAGCAGAAGUUCAAGAGCUCCGUGCUGUCAAAGAUGGUGAACGCCAUGGAAGAGGACGGCCGCACCACCAGCAGGUAUCUGUCCAGGUCCAGCUCGAUGGACACCAGAGCCUCCACCCACAUCUAGACAUUGCUGCACCGCUGGUUCUCCAGUUAAGAGCUCAAAUACUCAUUGAGCUGAGAGUGUCAUUUUUUGCGUUUUUCUUUUAAAGACAAUUUAAACGUGUAAAAUAGUUCAGGAAUGUGCACAUGUAAGCCAACAUCCUCUGCUUAUCUGGUGUUGCAGGAUUUGUACCAUUGAUCUCCUCCAGCAGGACGAAUGUAAAUACACACGUUAUGUAUAUUAAGUUGUGAAAUACAUGGAUUGUUAAAUAUGAGGUGUACAUGUUUCAAUAAUAAACACAAAAUGUUUAUUUUACUUAUAUUCAGUGUAUCUGAAGCAUUUUGCACGUAUUUGUGAUGGUGUCAUCUGUAACUUUGUGUUUGAUUUCAGACCAGGGGUGUAGUAGUGGGAGGAAAAGUGGGAACCAGGGCCCCAUUGGAGGAAGGGGCUCUUAUCAUUAUGUUACAAAUCAAGUGUAAAUAGUGAAGUAUAUGUAUACAUCUAAAGGUUUUAUUUUGAUUUGUUUCUCUCUAAGUCAUGAAUGUUGUAACAAGUUGAAAAAAAAGUUGAUUAAAUGAACAUGAUUCUUAAAGGUCAAAUAAUAAACUUCUUUUCAACCAGUUUAAA